AUGUUUGUUCUUCCGCCCCCUCCGCGAUACCCUUCGCACUCGGGCGCCUAUGGGGCCAUGGGCGCCGGCCUUGCUCCCAUGAUCGAAACGAACAACGUCCUCUCCAAUCCCGAGGGACCCGAGUACCAGUUCCUGGUCGGCGAGGGCACCUACGUGCUGAAAGAAGACCUCCACCUCGCGACGCCGCCGCCGCACCCCUCCGAAGCCCCAGUCGUGAACCCGAAUCCUCUUGCGACGAACCCACAGCCCGCGACCUCGGGAACCAAGCUCUCCUUGAUAAGCCUUGAUGUGCGCGCCGCGCCGCCCUUCUUCUACAAGGGCUCCUCCGCCACGACGUUAUCGCUGGGAGGCGAUAUCCAGGAACAUCCCAGCGAGGGCCGAUACUCGACCGAGGCUGGGCUUAGCAGUGACGGAGGCGGCGGGUCUCUUAGCGAUGCGCCCCCGACAUCCUUGACCAUGGUCUCGGCUCCGGCGUUUGGCGACGGUAAUACCGCGCUGGCACCGGCCAAUACCAAGGACGCUGCCAAGAAGAAGGUGGCUAAGCCGAAGAACAAUAUGACUAAGAGUAAUUCUUCCUUCAUUUCCAGAGUGAUAAUCAAUGAAAGCUUGGCGAAGAAGCUGCAGGAACGGCCGACAGACGGUGUGUUCGCUUUUGCCAACAUCAACCGAGCGUUUCAAUGGCUGGACCUGUCGUCGCCAACAAAGGCCGACUACCUGACCAAGAUUCUGUUUACCAAGGCCCACUGCCUAUGCCACGACGUCAACCCAGUCACUAAGAACAUUGCACAUAUUGAUGUCAUCAUGGGCUUCUCUACCGGCGAGAUCAUCUGGUGGGAGCCCGUUUCGCAGCGGUACACUCGGCUGAACAAGAAUGGCAUCAUCAACGGUACGCCCGUCUCUGAGAUUAGGUGGAUUCCCGGCUCCGAGUCUCUCUUCCUGGCAGCGCACAUGGACGGCUCGCUGGUGGUCUACGACAAGGACAAGGAGGAUGCGCAGUUCUCGCCGGAAGAUGAGUCGCCAACAAACAGCUCGAUGAACGGAGAGAGCGACUCGGCAAGCGGCGUCAACCACAACCUCAAGAUUCAGAUCAACAAGUCGGUUCACUCCAAGAACCAGAAGACCAACCCGGUGGCAUCAUGGAAACUGUCCAACCAGCGGAUCAAUGCAUUUGCGUUUAGCCCUGACAACCGACAUCUGGCAGUGGUCUCGGAAGACGGCUCGCUCCGUAUCAUUGACUACCUGAAAGAAGAGCUGCUCGACCUCUACCAUUCAUACUACGGUGGCUUCAUCUGCGUUACGUGGUCUCCGGAUGGCAAGUACGUGCUGACGGGAGGCCAGGAUGACUUAAUCUCUAUCUGGUCCGUCGUAGAGUCGGCCAUCGUAGCACGCUGUCAGGGUCACCAAUCCUGGGUGACAUCGGUAGCGUUCGACCCGUGGCGCUGCGACGACAGGAAUUACCGGUUCGGAAGCGUCGGCGAGGACUGCAGGUUGUGCCUGUGGGAUUUCAACGUUGGCAUGCUGCAUCGUCCCAAGGCUGUACGUUGCCGGCUUAAGUUGGGCGCCGGAGAGCGCUAUGUGCACGAAAAAGGCUGA